GCAGCACUGGUUAAACACAAAACAAGCUGUGUAACUGUAGUGUCCUUUUACUCUUAGAAUAUAUUAACAUUAUACUAACAUUUAUUAAUCAAGACACUAUAAGAAAUAACCGUGUUCUUGUCAUUCUCAGUAAAGGAAAUUAGAGCAGGAAGGAAUGAAUCCAUGUGGUGGAGAGGAGUUCUCCAGGGCUGCGUCCCAAAUCACACCCUGCCCUGCUGCAUAGAGUACUAUCCGGAUGCCGGGCGCAGCUGUGGUGGCGGUCUGGAAUGCUGCAAUAGCGUAGUGAUGGUAUGCGGUUUGGAACGCAGCCCCAGGUGUCCUUAACCUCCAGCGCCUUUCGUCCUCUCGUGCACGCGCACGAAUGCACGUCUGAGGCGGGAUCCUGUUACCAUGGCAAUUACGUCAACAUUGGUGUCGCGCGCGUGCGGUCGGGUAACUAAAGGUCAAACUAAAGACAAGCGACAGAGACGGAAGGAAGGAGAAUGGCGGAGACUCGGAAUUUGUGGCAGGGAGAACUGGAGGAAAUAAAAGAGUCAUAAAGUGUAGUGUAACCCGCGCUGAGUGCUGUGGAGAGGAGGAGAGGAGAAGGAGGAGGCGAACGGAAGGAGGGUCACGGGGAACCCGGAGCCUAUCCCAGAAAGCAUUGGGCACGAGGCAGGGUACACCCUGGACAGGGUGCCAAUCCAUCGCAGGGCACAAUCACAUACACACACACACACACCCAUUCAUACACAUGACACUUUAGACAGGAAAAAUCAGCCUACCAUGCAUGUCUUUGGACUGGGGGAGGAAACCGGAGUACCUGGAGGAAAUCCCCACAGCACGGGGAGAACAUGCAAACUCUGCACACACACACAGGGCUAUGGUGGGAAUCGAACCCCCGAACCUGGAGAUUUUUGUGGUGACAAACAACUAACCAGUGCACUUCAUGCAAGUGUACUUCAUGACACAGCAUCAAAAAAUGUUCCUAACCCAAUAAUAUAAAACGUGUGACCCAGUCAAAGGGCUGCAUUUCCGCAGACUCACCUCCAGGCCGCCAGGUGGCGCUCUCACUGAACCGCGCUACACUCCUCUAGAACAGCUCCAAAAAGGAGACUCAAUCCGCCAUAUAUGAUGUCGCAGAUUCGCCAUAAACGCCUGCUAAAGUAAUUUUAAUACAAUAAAUACCACUUCAAAUGUUGUUUAGAGCCGUAAAUACAUAUAAGAAUCAUUUGUUGUUUUUUGGACUACUGAUUUAAUUGAGAAGCAUGGACCCAGCGCGAGCAGAGGGAUCUUCAGUCUUCAUGUGUAAAAUAUGCAACCUGUUCUCUCCCAAUAAAUCACUGCUCCUGUCUCAUGUACUUGAGAAACACACCGACGAAGGUGGCGAUGCAGAGGACAUUAUUAUCCCGCUCAAACCUUUACAGUCUCCACAAGUACCAGAGGGCAUCAAAAGAAAACGAGGUAGACCAAAGGGAUCCACUAAGAAAGCCCAAGCAGAUGUACAGAGGCCGAACAAAUUGUCCAGUCAACCAAAGAAAGAUAUAGCUGAUGUGCUGAUGGAAUCACCAAUUAAAGCACAACACGCUGAAGAUGGCACCGGUUUGGAAUGCAAGAAAUGCCAACGCAAGUUCAGCAACAAACGGCAAAUUUCCAAACACAUCUGCUUUGCAGAUCUCCGAGAUGUUCCUGAUGACGAUGACUUCCAGAGUGAGAACCCUGGUCCUAUUGAAAUAGUAGAUGAAGACGACGAAGAUGUAGAAUGCUCACCAAAGAAGGCGAGAACAGUGAAGGCAGACAAGGUCUCUGGUGUAAAGGACCCUGAGUCAACAGGCUGUACCAAAAACCCCAUAGUCAGCGUGGUUCUUGCAGCACAUGAAGCCAUUCCUGGUGCCACAAAAAUAGUUCCCAUUGAAGCUGCUCCAGCUGAGGAGGUUAUGCAACCUGAUGGAACUGCAGAAGAGUCUACACAGAAGAAAGGUUACCAAGAAUAUGCCAUACAGCAAGCUGCUUAUGAAGUGCCUCUGAAAUCCAACAGGAUAGGGCAGACCCAGUUGAAAAUCUUCACCUGUGAAUACUGCAACAAGGUUUUCAAGUUCAAACAUUCCCUUCAAGCCCACUUGCGAAUCCACACCAACGAGAAGCCGUUCAAAUGCAGCCAGUGUGACUACGCCAGUGCUAUCAAGGCCAAUCUCAGCGUCCACAUGCGGAAGCACACCGGGGAAAAGUUCAGCUGUGAGCACUGCUCGUUUAACUGCCUGAGCAAGGGUCACCUUAAAGUGCACGUAGAGAGGGUGCACCAGAAAAUUAAGCAGCACUGCCGCUUCUGCAAGAAGAAGUACUCCGACGUCAAGAACUUACUUAAGCACAUCCGAGAGAGCCAUGAUAUGGAAGACGGGAAAGUCAAGGACUCUUACGACGAGUACAGGCUCCAAACCAGAGAAGGCAAACGGCAGCUGCUCUAUGACUGUCAUGUCUGUGACCGUAAAUUCAAGUACGAGUUGGAGCGCGAUCGGCAUCUGAUGGUCCACGGUAGCAACCGACCGUAUGGCUGCGAGUUGUGCGAUCACGGGUCAACAAAGUUUCAAGCUCUUCAGGCUCAUGUUCGAAAGCAUCCCUUUGUGUACGUGUGCUCAGUUUGCCUGCAAAAGUUUGUCAGUACCGUCCGGCUCAAGUUGCACUUCGGUGAGUCCCACGCAGGAAUGGACGAAUCCACGACUUUCGCCGAGUCCAUCAAGAGCAGUUUCUGUCUGUUGAAACCUGGGGAUGACAUUCAGCGGGACAUGUUGAGACAAGAUGAGUUGGAGAUCAGCAAAGAGCUGUCCCUCCUCAAUGCACAGGAAGUGCUAGCCACUGAAAUGGACGGUGUAGAGGAACAAGAGGCAGAAGGUCCUGGCAGUUUAACUACAGAAGAAUUGGUACAUGAUUCCCAAGAGGAUAUAGCUACAACGGAGAUCGCAGAGAAUUGCCCAAUUGAUACUAGUACAGCUCUGGACGCUGAAAUGCAUGGAAGUGUCUCUGGGGAUUUGUCAGACAAAGAACAGCUGCAGGAUCAUUUGCCAAACGUGGACUGUAGUGUAACAGAAUUUAAUAAUCCUGGUGAAGGAAAUACAAACUUGCCCACGCAAACUGAGAUAGCAUACAUGUCACCGAAAGACCAAAUGCUGUCAGAAGUCCCGACGGACAUGUCUUUUACUCAGAGCAAGGUUGAGUCUAGUGUUACUCAAAGCAGCCCUCCCCCUAGUGGUACGGAGGAUUCGGCAACCACACAACUAGAGGAAAAAUCUGCAUUUGCACAGAUUUUAGACCAAAUGCAGAAAAGGCAACUAAACCUGGAAGUGUUUGAGAGAAUACGGAAGGUCUACGGAGAUCUGGAGUGUGAAUACUGUGGAAAGCUUUUCUGGUACCAGGUGCACUACAACAUGCAUGUAAGAACACAUACGCGAGAACAUCUGCAUUACUGUUCCCAGUGCAGCUACUCGUCCAUUACCAAAAACUGCCUGAAGCGUCAUGUAAUCCAGAGACACAGUAACGUUCUCCUCAAGUGCCCUUCAGAAGGAUGCCAGUACUCUACACCUGACAAGUACAAGCUGCAGGCCCAUCUUAAAUCUCACUCAGAAAUUGUUAAGAAGAGCUUUGUUUGUCCCAUCUGUAAGAAGGCAUUACCAGAAGACAAACUUAGGCAUCAUAUCAAAUCUAACCAUCCAGAUACCUCACUAACGACCACUUUAGAGGCGCUGGGAAUACGUGCCCAUGUCAAAGGUGUCAUCGGAAAACGAGCCUCUAAAUGUCCCUACUGUGAUUGCUACUUCACAAGAAACGGAACUGACAUGCAGCAGCACAUCUGGGCUCAUGAAGGAGUAAAACCCUUUAAGUGCUCGUUGUGCGAUUACGCCUCACGCAGCAAAAGCAACCUGAAGGCUCAUUUGAACAGGCACAACACCGACAAGAGCCACCUGUGUGAUCUGUGCGGGAAGAAGUUCAAGUCCAAGUGCACACUGAAGAGCCACAAGCUCAUGCACUCAGCAGACGGAAAGCAGUUCAGAUGUACUGAGUGUGAUUUCACUGCAGCACAGAAGCCACAGCUCCUCCGCCACAUGGAACAGCACGUCUCCUUUAAGCCAUUCCGUUGCGCACACUGCCACUACUCGUGCAACAUCUCAGGUUCUCUUAAAAGACACUAUAACAAGAAGCAUCCGGGGGAGCAGUAUAGCAACGCAGGUCCUGGAACACCCACUUCAGAGACUGUGAUAGAGCAAGGUGGAGUGAAGUGUCCAGUCUGUAACUAUGUUUACGGAACGAAAUGGGAAAUGAACAGACACUUGAAGUGCAAGCAUGGACUCAAAGUUGUUGAGAAUCAGUGGGAGGUGGUAGAAUCAGCAGACGAACCAAACACGCAGUAUCUUCAGAUUGCCGAGACGGAGGAUGUGCAGGGAACAGAGUCUGCUGUUUCAGUGCUGCAGAACAUUCGCUUUAACACACAGAAUGGUGUUGUCUCAGCCACAGCUUCAGACAGACUGGAUCCAGCGUCGGUUAACAUCCUUCAGCAGAUAAUCGAGCUUGGCACAGACAGCCCAGACACUGUGGCCUCCGUGGUUGCCAUGGCGCCUGGCACAGUCACCGUGGUGGAGCAGGUGAGUGAGGAGGAGCAGCAGCAGACAGACCAUGCCAUGAUGAUCCAUGAUGCACUGCAGCAGGCCACUGUGGGUCUGGGAGAAGAGCAUCACUUGGUGGUGUCUUCAGACGACGUGGAAGGCAUCAAGACAGUCACGGUGUACACACAGGGUGAAGACGCAUCGCAGUUCAUUGUCUAUGUUCAGGAGGCUGUCCAAACUGAGGAGGGCACUGCAGAGGUGACCUAAAAGACUUUUGAGCAUUCUGAAGGCUGUACAAAUGGAAAGGCUUUCUAAAGCUUGGAAGGAUGCAGAAAAUGAAAUGAAAUGUGUUGAAUGCCAGCUGAUGAGCUAACGCGCAGAAAAUAGAGGCAGUAGUCGCAUGCAGUACACAAAAACAGCAUACGAUUCAUUUAUUUUAUUUUUUUUUCCCAAAGACAUACAGGAGAAGUCUGGUGAAAAUCUCCUUCCUAACUCAUUCUUUUUGUAGCUUUUUAUAAUACAGUGAAUUUGAUGGGUUUCAAGAUGACUGAAUUGGAUUGGCUCGCUAAAUCCUCUGUACCUGAAGUAUUAUGGACUUCACCAGAAUCUGACCUCGAACUGAUGACAAGCGAUUUGAUGUAAUACCACAGCGCUGUCUAAACUCACCAUUCUGAUUAGUCAGAAGUGCGGCAGCAGUCCGCAUAAAUGCGGUUUCAAAACGUGUGUAAGCCGUUGAUAAGGAGAUGCAUUUUUGGAAGGAGUCUCUUUUUUUGCUUUACUAACUCAGAGAGAGAGAGGAGAGAGAGAGAGAGAGAGAGAGAGAGAGACUGGUGAGGGGAGAGAAUGCAGGGAUAAUUAUAGCAGUUUACAGCUGCUGUAAUGUAAGUGAUAACAGGAACUAACUGGUUUCUAGGACGUUCCAUAACAUUAAAAGUAACUAUACAUAGAUUAAAAGGCAUGGUGUCAUUUUUUUUUAAAUGACUAAAUCUGGCAACUUGCUGUGGUAUGAGAGGAAUAAAACACUGCGUUGUUUAUCACAGCUCAUCUCGAAAGUACAUUGUUUCCUAAUUAUUUAAUAUUUUUGCUCUGAAUCUUAUAGAUGUAAAGGGCGCACGGUGGCUUAGUGGUUAGCACGUUCGCCUCACACCCCCAGGGCUGGGGGUUCGAGUGCCAUCGUGGCCCUGAAGUUGUUUAGAACAUGGAGUUUGCAUGUUCUCCCCGUGCUGCGGAGGUUUCCUCCCCCAGUCCAAAGACAUGCAUGGUAGGCUGAUUGGCGUGUCUAAAGUGUCCGUAGUGUAUGAAUGGGUGUGUGAGUGUGUAUGUGAGUGUGCCCUGCGACGGACUGGCACCCUGUCCAUGGUGUACCCCGCCUUGUGCCCGAUGCUCCCUGGGAUAGACUCCAGGUUUCCCCGUGACCCUGAAAAGGAUAAGCGGUAUAGAAGAUGGAUGGAUGGAUCUUUAUAGAUGUAAAAGUAAUGUUGUGUCCGAAUUCACCUUUUGAUAUUUGGGACUUGAAUAUUUAGGUUUAAAUUAUUCAAACUUUAAUACAUGUGGAUUGGAAAAUUGGCAGUAAUCAGGCCAGGAUUUGAAAGAAACCCAUCGCUUUUGCCACCUGCCAGUUGUGAAACGUCAUCAGUCAAACUGUUUGGCAAUUUGUGCAUGUAACUAUGUAAAUAUAGCGAAAUUUCUAACAAGUAAAUACUUAUGUUAAAUGCAUUUCUUGCACGUUAAUAUUUUUGUCCCCUUGACAUGUUACAUUGGUCUUGCACUUAAUGGAGGUUUCCAUUUUUGCUUUUGUACCUGGGCAUCUUACUGCCACCUACUUGCAAUAAGUGGUGAAGCCUUACUGCACACAAAAGACACAGAGACUGGUGAAAAAUGAAUAUUGUAAUGAAUGUAAUGGACGUUUCUGAAAUAUCUGCCUACAUCUGGAGCUGUCCAUGAAGUACCGCAACUAUAGUAUAUUAUAGUAUUUAAUACUAUUAGAAUUUUCAAGACUUGGUUUUUUUUUUCUUUACUUCAAAUCUUAUGUAGAUUAUGUGCUUUUACCAGACAGUAAUUGAUGGGAAAAACAUGAAUCUGAGAUUACACAUGCUCAGCGAAACUGGACAGAUAAUUGGACAAAAAAACGCCAACAACAGGGGUCUCAUUUAUCAACCGUGCGUCUGCAUAAUUCUGUGUGUAAUCCGUGUGUACGUGUUUCUAUGCAUUCGGUGUGAUUGAUCAAGUUUUGCUUAUGCGAGAGGGUCUUUGUAUAUUUCUGCACACUCCUGACCGUGCAUAUGCACGAACACCCAGUGGUAGAAAAGUGGAGUAGCAGGAAACCCGAUUAUAAGGAGCUUCCACUUAUUGUCAAUCGUGUACUGUAACUAGGAGCGUAAUUUCUGAUUGCGGUGCUCCCAAGAUGCAGACAAAUGACACAGAUGGAAUGUAAAGUCAUAUAAAAGCCACAAUUAAAGUUUGAGUGGGGGUAUGCCUUGUUUGAAGGAGCGUGUUUUGAGUGACCACUGGAGACUCUUUGAUGAGAGUACGGAGUGGCUCAUCAGUCGAUUUCAUUUACCCAGUGCAAUUUAACUGAUCUUAGCUGAUAUUAGUUCAUUCUAGGGCACGCUUGGCAUACUCCCUAUCGUCUGUAACAAACAGCACCUGGCGCAGGCUACUCUGCUUUUUAAAGGGAAGUUGUUUAGCGUAUACAGGUGCAUCUCAAAAAAUUUCAAUAUUGUGGAAAAGUUCAUUUUUUCCCCAUAAUUUAAUUUAAAAAGUGGAAAUUUCAUAUAUUCUGGAUUCAUUACAUAAAGUGAAAUGUUCCGAGACUUUUUUGUUUGUUUUAAUCUUGAUCACGGAAAUCAAAAAUCCAGUAUCUCAAACUAUUAGAAUGAAGAAUUUAUAAUCCACUAAUACUGUUGGUCAGUGUGGUGACCUUCUGAAGAUGAUGUUCACUGACUAGAUGUUCGCUUUUAUAAACGUGCCUGCUUUAGCCUCAGAGUCCUGUUCUUGAUUGAUAGACAUGGAACUCGAUGUGGUCUCCUGCUGUUGUAGCCCAUCCUCCACAAAGUUCAAAAUGUGCUUUUCGGGGAUGUUAUCUAUUCUUUUUGUUUCUGGGAUGCUUUUGUAUUUGAGUUACUGUAGUUUCUAGCUUGAACCAGAGCAGUCAUUCUCCUGUGACCUCUCUCGUCAACAAGCUGUUUUUCCGUCCACAGGACUAUCUCUCCACCAUCGCCGGAUGUUCUCUUGUGUUUUGCAAUAUUGUGUAUAAACUCUAGAGACUCUAUAGUUGUGUGUGAAAAUCCCUGGAGAUCAGCAGUUUCUGAAAUAUUCAAACCAGCUCAUCCAGCACCAGCAAUCAUCUUAUCUUAAUCUGACCUGAUUGUUAGCAUUACACUGCUGCCACAUGAUUGGCUGGAUUGAUGAAUGACUUCAUGAAUGUACAGGUAUUUGUAAUAAAGUGGUCAGUGCGUUGUAUAAAGGAUAUCUAAGGACAGUUGUUGAAUUCCAUCAAUAAAUGUUUCAGAGAAACGUACUUUCGUAGAGCAGUUUGAUCUACAAUCAAAUAUAUUUGUCAAAGUAUCUUUUUUACAGAAUAUUUUAGACUUCUGUAUGAUCUGUUUUGAAGCUCCAGAUGGAUUUGCUAAACAUCAUGGUACAGGUUUUCAAAUAGAGAUUAUAAAUGGUGGUGAAUAAAAUUAUAUUAAAAGUAGAGCCGAGUGAUUUUCACUUCCAUUGUUAUUAGGUUUCUAACAUAAGAAUAGCCGGUCAUGAGUCACACACACCAUGUCUUCAGGUCAUACUACACUCAUAUUACAUGCAAUAAUUAGAUAAUUCUCCAAGAGUCCAUGUGGGUUUCCUCCCACCUCCCAAAAACACUCUUUUAGGCUGGUUGGAUACACUAAAUUGCCCACCGGUAUGCAUGAAUGUACAAUCAAAAUGAUUCCACCCCCACAGCAAAUCAGGUUUAUUGUCGAAAUUUACAGACUUUCAGCUGUUUGCAAUGAACAAAUCAAACAAAAGCAAUUGAAAUAGUUCAACACAACCAAUGCUACAAGUGGUUUCUCCAAAUUCAACUUAUACUGAUUUCUCCAGUCUCAAAAUUAUCCAACCCCUUCAUGGUAAGCAUGUUUAGUACUUAGUAGAGCACGCUUUUGCUGUUAUGACCUUCUGAAAACGAGAUGCAAAGCUUCUGGCAGCGUUCCUGAGGAAUCUCAGCCCAUUCCUCAUGAGCAAUGGCCUCCAGUUCAGUAAUAUUCUUGGGUUUGUGUGCUGCAACCGCCUUCUUCAAAUCCCACCAGAGAUUUUCUAUGGGGUUCAAGUCAGGUGACUGUGAUGGCCCUGUAGAAUCUUCCAGGACUUCUUCUGCAACCAAGCCUUGGUGGAAUUUGAGGUAUGCUUGGGAUCAUUGUCCUGUUGGAAGGGCCAAUGACGCCCAAGCUUCAUCUUCCUCACAGACGGCAUGAUGUCUCCUAGGAUUUCCUGAUACUUCAAUGAAUCCAUCUCGCCUUCCACACGCUGCAGGUUUCCAGUGCCAGAGGAUGCAAAGCAGCCCCAGAACAUCACCGAGCCUCCACCAUGCUCGACUGUGGACAGAGUGUUCUUUCUUCAUUCUUCUUCCUCCAGACAGACCACCAUACAUCCAUCGUGCUGAAAACUUCCAGUUUUGUUUCAUCGCUCCACAGAACAGAUUCACAAAACUUCUGUGGCUUAAAUAAAUAAAUAAAUAAAUAAAUGAUUUUGAGCUGACUUUUCUUGUGCGUUUGGGUCAAUAGUGGUGUACGUCUUGGAGUUCAGGCAUGGAAACCUUCUGCGUUUAGUUUGAAGGGGUCGAAUAAUUUUGGGAGUCAUUAUAAGUUGCAUUUUCAGUUGAAUUUGGGGAAACCGCUUGAAGCAUUCGUUGUGUUGAACUAUUUUAAUUGCUUUUGUUUGAUUUGUUCAUCGCAAACAGCUGAAAGUCUGUACAUUUCGACAAUAAACCUGAUUUGCAAUGUGGGUUGAAUCAUUUUGACUGCAGCUGGAUGUGCAUAUGAUAUCCAGGGUGUGUUCCUGCUGUGUGCGCAGUGUUUCUGGAUACGCUGUACACUCACCACAUCCAUGACCAGAAUAAAGCAUUGACGAAAUUGAGCCGUCUCUUUCAGGUGUUCGCAAAUUCCACACGUUUCAUGUUACCUAACAUUCUCUGUGUUAAAUCAAUCUACCUUCUUUGCAUAGGAGGUCAUUUCAAAAUAAUAGAUGAGAUUUUAAUGCUGUUUGAAUUUAUUAUCAGAUUUUCAGUGGAUCAAAAGUUUACACGCACUUUGUUGGUAUUUGCUGGCACAGCCUUUUAACUGCUUGACUUCCAAAAGCUUCUCAAUACUUGGCUGUAAUUUCAGAUCAGGGCUUUGUA